GUGAUGCCAUUGGGAAUUCUUUCCCGGUUGAUGUUAAAGAAGGCACGACCAUUGGGCAUUUCAAGGAACUCAUUAAAAAGAAGAAGGAAAACACCUUUUUCAAUAUUGACGCUAACAAACUGAAUAUAUGGAGUGUGAAUAUUCCUGUCGAAGAUGAAGAUCUGGAAACAAAAAUAUACGCCGAAAAUAUCAAAGAACAAUACCAAGUUGCUCGUUAUAACUACAUGUAUCGCAACACUCCUGAUCACAAAGAUCAUAUGUUUAUUUUAAUCCCUGGAGGGAUAGGAAUAGGAAAGACACGGAUGGGCUGGGAAUCAAAGCAUCUGUCCUCCACACUGUCAACAAUAAGUGGCGCCACUGAGUUUGUCGAGGCUCUAAAAGAUCCUUGUUACGUCUUUAUUGACUUAAAUAAUGGAUGUAACUAUAUUAGAGGUUUCGAUGAUGUGGAAAUUCCAAGUGUGAGAAUAGGAACGCGUGUUGCAGUGGCUUCAGGAUUGGUGCCCGAAUGUCCUGAUCUACAUAAAUUAUUAUCAGAAAACAAUCCAAAACUCUUCGAACUUUCUAACGUGAUUCGUGAAAUACUUCAACGUCGGUUUAAAAUCAAACAGCAUUCAAUUGAGGCUAUCAUCAUUCAUAUUGACGAAUAUCAACUUUAUAUUAAUGAUGCUCAACAACACCAACAACUAUCAUGGAUAGAUUCUCGCAAUUUCUUUAAAUCAAUGUUAAGGGAGAUUGGUAGUGUCAUGCGUGGUAAUAGAAUGAAAUAUGAGUAUUAUGGAAAAUAUUUUAUUGUCCCAAUCUGUACAGGAACAUCUGCCAUAGACAUUCAUUUUUUACCUACAGAGUAUACUCAAGAAAUAUUGGAACUCAAGCCUUUGAAUUAUAUCUCAGCAAAGUCCAUGUUCCUUGACAAAUAUGAUUAUUCAAGGCAAACAACUGAUGAAGGAAGAGAUCUAAUGGUGCAAGGUCUCAAAUCAUAUCACUCUUCUGAUAUUAACAAUGAAGAUGUCAAAAAGCUUUCAGUGGAUUUUUGUAACCUUGUCCUGAAUCAACAACACUUUCAUAUUGCUAUUUUUGACACUGGCUUCAUUCCAAAAUUUAUUGACGAUCUCUUAAAUCCUCCUAAUCUUACGACAUAUUUUGAUUGGGGAAAUCAGCUUUUUACUAAAAUAUCUCAGCGGAAUGUUACUACGGUUGGAAAUAAUCCAGGUGAUUGGAAGAGCUUGAAGGAUAUACGUACUGUAAUCUCAUUUGGGCUUACCGGGCAUCAUGUAAUGAGAGAUUUUCUACUGCCCAGUUGCACUUCCAUUGGUGAACUUGAACGAGCUGGUCUGAUAUAUCUCUCCAACUUCAAAGGUUAUCGGUACACUAUCGUCAUGCCCUUCAUGUUAUUGAAAGUACUCAACAACGUGCUACUGGUUUCUGGCGUAGAAACUGUGUUUCCAGAUCACCUUCUCUUAAUUCCAACACAUGUUUCCCCUUGGCAGUGGAAAGACUUUGAACUUCUAUAUGGAUAUUACCAAAAAGCUCUUAUUGAUAGUUUAAUCAAUGUCAAGGAGUCAAAAUUAUUAUCCAUUGAUCAAAAAAUUACGAUACUCCAAUUAAACUUAGAAGAAAAAACCGAUAGCAAAACAAAAUUGCAAAUCACUAAGGAAAUCGGAGAGUUCAAUGAGUAUCUUGCCAAUGAAAGAAGCAUUAGCUGGCAACUAUCUGAUAUAUUUCGUGGUGCAUUAGGUGCUGAUACACUUCUCCAACGCAAAGUACGAUUACAUAAUCUCAAAGUCUUUACCGAGAGUAAGAAGUUUCUUGUAAAGACGGACGAUGUUGCAAGCUUUGAUAAGUCAGUGUUAUGUGAUGACAAUGUAACACGCUCACUUGAGGAAGGAAUUUUUCACUGUUACCAAGGGAAUGCUAAUAUUGAUUACCGCUGGAUUCUUGAUUCUGCCGAUAAUGGAAAAAAAUUAGCGAUUUUUUCACAAAUAAAGUACUCAGAACGCGGUGUAACAACUACGAUGUCAACACCAGAUAUUAAAGAUUGGUACGAUAUAACAAUGAAAUCAAUAGGAAAUUACAAGAAUGACUAUGAUGUGGUUCUGGUUUUGUUCACAAACCGGAAAUGUACAGGAAAAAUUAAUAUCGAAACAAUGCCUCAUCUACUUCUCAUAUAUCCGGAAAAUCUUGAAAAGUAUCUUUCUUCAACAUUUGCUCAUCGUGGUUUGGUGGAUAGACCAGGCGAAAAUAACUAUUGA